CAUCAACAUACAUUACUUUAUAGCUGGAAUAUAUCCGACCGGUUGAAAUAUGGUUGAAAUUUGAAAGUGUUUUCAUUGUCAUUCAUUAGGGUUCAUCAUAAUGACACGACGUAACUGCACUGUAUUUCCAAAUGAUCCAGAUUUGUGCAAUAUUAUUGUUGCAGUCAGGACUUCAGUUGGCAUUGUGUCGCUUAUAGGCUGUUUUUUCAUCAUCGUUGUCAUUUGGUUAUUCAAAAAGUAUCAAAUAUUCACACAGCGUCUGAUUUUGUAUCUCAGCAUUGCAGCAUUCUUAAACAGCAUUGCUUAUUUAAUGCCUGGUUUCGUACCUGAAGGACCAUUGUGUAAUUUUCAAGCCUGGUGGACAUCUUUCUUUGCUUGGUCGGUGGUGCUUUGGGCUUGUUGCAUUACCUUUAAUCUCUAUCAAAAUGCCAUACGGACCAUGAGAACAGAAAAAUAUGAAAUUAUCUACCACGUUAUAUCUUGGGGAGUGGCACUAGUCGUUGCUUGUAUUCCGUUUAUUGGAAAUCAUUAUGGACCUGCGGGAGUUUGGUGUUGGAUCGAUAAGGAAAGCUCUAACAGUCAAGUUUGGCGGUUCGCAACGUGGUUCAUACCUUUGUGGUGUAUGAUAACCUAUAUGUUUUUAAUCUACGUUGUUAUCGUGUGGAAACUUCGACGAGUGGCCGAUCGGUAUGAAGGAACAUAUCGUGCAGACCACGAAAGACAAAGAGAAAUGUUGAAAAAAGACAUAAAGCUCUUGAGAGCUUAUCCUGUAGUGUACAUGGUUUUGUCUAUCUUUCCCUCAAUAAACAGGAUUCAAAAUGCAUUUGACGAGAAAAGAAUAUUCUGGCUUGUUUUAUUGCAGACCUUUACAGUUCCUCUAUUUGGUGCUAUCAGUGCCUUGGUAUUCGCAUUCGAUAGAGAAACCUUGCAAUUGUUAAAAUGGAGUUCUGUCAAGGAUGCGGUGUAUCAAAGAAUGCACGCGAGGACACGACUUGUCUCAGAGUAUACCAUUACUCAAACAACUGGCAGUAGUAGUUCUUCAUGUUCGACGGGUGAUGGCGCUGUAAAUUUGUCUGUGAAUAAGAACGAGGACGAAGAAAUGGCUGCGAGUGCAGAUGGAGCACCUAUAGUUAAUGAAAAUUCGAACAAUGUUUUCUAACGAACCACUUCGGGUGAUAUUAGGGUGCUAUGAUGUGCCCCUUCUUUAGUGCAUUUCUUAUAUGAAAUUGCUAGUAUUAGCUUUAUGUUUUUGACCUUCGUAGGUCAUUUUGAUAUUUUAGGGUAAUGGUUUUAACAGUACCACGUAAAAAGCACGUACAGCGAAAACGGAACUUUACUUUUAUCAUAAUAAUUUGAUAAAUGUCUUUUUUUAGAAACGAAUCAAAAUUAGUGAUUUUGAAAGUCGCUCACCAAUUCACCUGCACGGCGGUCAUUGCUCUGUGCUUUUAUUCUUAUGAAAACGUUUAAUCUCAAUAUUAUUUAUUUGACAACUUGCGAAAAUGCGCAUUAGCAGUAGUUUUAUAAUACAAAUUUGGAAAGUA